UUGUUACAGGAGCUGGAGAAUCAGGGAAAUCAACUAUCGUUAAACAAAUGAAGAUUAUCCACGAAAGCGGUUUUACUCCCGAAGACUUUAAACAGUACAGGCCAGUUGUGUACAGCAAUACCAUACAGUCAUUAGUCGCUAUUCUUCGAGCUAUGCCAAAUCUCGGAAUAUCGUUUACGAACAACGAACGAGAGGCAGACGCAAAAAUGGUUUUUGAUGUGAUUCAACGAAUGGAAGAUACUGAAGCCUUUUCGGAAGAACUGCUUGCUGCUAUGAAAAGGCUUUGGCAAGAUGCAGGCGUACUUGAAUGUUUUGGUAGAUCUAAUGAAUACCAACUAAAUGACUCAGCAAAAUACUUUCUUGAUGAUUUGGAUCGGCUAGGGGCUCGAGAUUAUCAACCAACUGAACAGGAUAUUUUGCGUACCAGAGUAAAAACUACUGGUAUCGUUGAAGUGCACUUCUCCUUUAAGAACCUUAAUUUUAAGUUAUUUGAUGUUGGUGGUCAGCGCUCAGAACGAAAAAAGUGGAUACAUUGCUUUGAAGAUGUUACAGCCAUCAUCUUCUGUGUAGCAAUGUCUGAAUAUGACCAAGUUCUACACGAAGAUGAAACAACAAAUCGAAUGCAAGAAUCUUUAAAACUCUUUGAUUCAAUUUGUAACAACAAGUGGUUCACUGAUACUUCCAUUAUUCUAUUUUUAAACAAAAAGGAUUUAUUUGAAGAAAAAAUUAAAAAAUCUCCCUUGACCAUAUGCUUUGUGGAAUAUGCAGGAGCCCAAGAAUACGGUGAAGCAGCUGCUUAUAUUCAAGCGCAGUUUGAAGCAAAAAAUAAAUCAACUACAAAAGAAAUUUACUGUCAUAUGACUUGUGCUACAGAUACUAAUAACAUUCAAUUUGUUUUUGAUGCUGUAACAGAUGUAAUUAUUGCCAAUAAUCUUAGAGGUUGCGGUCUUUACUAA